AUGACCACGAGGUCAUCAACGCGACCCGGAAAUGCCUCUGGCACAUUCGGCAUCGUCCGUACGGGCGUAAUUGGCCUGGCCAAGGCUCUCACCCUGGGUGUCUCCUCUGUUGCAGGCGCGCCUCUGGGCAUCAGAGAUCAUCAUGACGACGUGCCCGAGGAGACGGGUAGCACCCGAACCGUCCUCUUCAUCGUCUCUCUCGUGCUUGUCCUCCUCGGUGGCGCCUUUGCCGGCCUAACCAUCGCUUUGAUGGGUCAGGACAGCAUAUACCUUCAGGUCAUGGCCGGCGACCCGUACGAACCUCAGUCUAAGAACGCGAAACGCGUCUAUAACCUGCUGAAGAAGGGAAAGCACUGGGUUCUCGUCACGCUCCUCCUGUCCAAUGUUAUCGUCAACGAGACUCUGCCCGUUGUUCUCGAUCGCUGUCUCGGCGGUGGUGUGGCAGCUGUUGUUGGCAGUACUGUGCUGAUCGUCAUCUUCGGUGAAGUGGUGCCUCAGUCCAUCUGUGUCCGCUACGGCCUCCAGAUUGGCGGUAUCAUGGCCAAGCCCGUGCUUGUCAUGAUGUGGCUGAUGGCCCCGGUCGCCUGGCCCACCGCCAAGCUUCUCGAUUGGGCACUCGGCGAGGACCACGGUACUAUUUACAAGAAGAGUGGCCUCAAGACUCUCGUCACGUUGCACAAGUCUCUUGGCGAGGUUGGCGAGCGUCUGAACCAGGACGAGGUCACCAUCAUCAGCGCCGUUCUCGACCUGAAGGACAAGUCUGUCGAAACUGUCAUGACGCCUAUGGACGAUGUCUUCACCAUGGCCGAGGAUACUGUCCUCGACGAGAAGACCAUGGACCGAAUCCUAUCGGAAGGCUACUCUCGAAUCCCCAUUCAUGCACCGGGCAAGCCCAGAGACUUUGUGGGCAUGCUCCUGGUCAAGAUUCUCAUCACGUAUGACCCCGAAGACGCCUGGAAGGUCAAGGAUUUCCCUCUGGCUACCCUGCCUGAGACGCGCCCCGAGACCAGCUGUCUCGAUAUCGUCAACUUCUUCCAGGAGGGCAAGUCUCACAUGGUGUUGGUUUCUGAGUCUCCUGGUGAGGACUACGGCGCGCUUGGUGUCGUCACUCUUGAGGACGUCAUCGAGGAGCUUAUCGGAGAGGAAAUCAUCGACGAGUCAGACGUGUACAUUGAUGUCCACAAGGCGAUUCGCCGUCUGACCCCGGCCCCCAAAGCCCGACCUAUGAAGAAGGACAUGGAGGACGUGGCCAACCGCGCGAACGAGAACGGAAACGGCAAGCUCAUUGAUGUUGGCGAUGACGAAGAGCCCCAUGAUAAGCGCAUCAGCUCACUUGGCGGUCAAGGUGACGUCGCCAACAUGUCUACGAGUCCUGGAAAGACGGCAACGUUCCUGAUGCGCCGAAGCUCGGCAGGCCCCGAUGGACGGAUGCAGGCCACGACGGUGCCGGUCAAGGCCAAUCUCGAGGAGAUCAAGCGCCAGCUCAAGCACCUUGGCCCAUCAAACCGCAACACGAACCCCAGGGACACCAAGUCGACGACGGUCAAGAUUAAGAAGACGGCAAUGGGUGGACAAGUCGUUGUGCAACCUCCUGCGCAGAGGAGUCGCCCCGCCUCCGUGGCCGGCGACCUGAUCGAGUCUCGUCUUCUGGACGAUGAGGUCAUCGAGGACGAGAACACGCCGCUCAUCGCGCGACCCAAGCUCACAGGUAAGGGUGGCGUCCACGCAGUACGCAAGAGCUAUGUCGGGGCUGGCAUGAGCGGUGCCCAGGCGCGCCUCGCCGCCCAGGAAUACGACGAUUUGGUCCCCCUGGAAACGACGCAGGCCGUGCCCGAGCUGCAGAUGCCCACAAUCAAGGAUGCAGAGCCCCGCGGGGCCGGCGCCGGCACAAGCAGCAACACCAGCCCCACGUCGACCACGAAGCCGGACCUUACCGUCGCCGUGGACAACGGCCGGGCUAGCAGCCGCGGCAGCAUCACCAGCGCCAACGAGGACGGCGGCGGCGGCGGCGUCACGCCGCGCCGCAGGACGCUUGUUCGCAGCGGUAGCAUCAGCGAGAACAUUGUGGAGACGAGCAGCGGCGUGCGCAAGAUUGUCAUCCAGGCGGCGAGCUCCGACUCGGACAACGAGUCCAAGCUGUCGGCGGCGUCGGGCAACAGACAACCGGCCAAGAAGAGCGAUCAGGAAGACAGCAUAUCCUACGCGGCAGCGGCGCAGGAGUCGGAGGAGGCCGAGGCUGCGGACGAGGCGGGUCCUUCGACGGCGCCGUCCAACGCCGAGGGUACGCUGGUGGGGCCGAAGAAGAAGAAGAACAAGAAGAAGAAGAAGGGCGGCAAGGCUUAG